CACGUGAUUGUGUAGCAGCUGCAUGACUGAGAGGGCUGUUCCUGGAGGAGCGAGAACAAGACCGAGAGAAUGAGAGAGAACGAGAGAUAGAGAGAGCAAGACAGAGAGAGGGAAUGAGAGAGAGACGGAGCGUGAAGAAGAAAGAGGGAGAGUGUGAAAGGGAAAGAGAGCGUGAGAGAAAAGAUAAUGCCAGCAGGAAGAACAGGGAGCCGGUAUGAACCAUGAGUCAAAGUCGCGGUCAUUAGGAAUGAUCUCCACGGCAUCUCGCACCACGGCGACGGUCAGCCCUCUUACCCCGCUAGCCAACGGGAGUGUGGCUGCUCAGUCUGCUCACUCCGGAUUCGCUGCCGCUCUCCGUCAACUGGCCAAACAGGCUGAAGACCCCAGAGGUUCUUCUCCCAAUAGUGAGUCUCCAGUCUCCUCUCCAGCCACCAGUCUCAGUUCUCCAGUCAACACUCCUAAGAGGGGGUUGUCAGGACCACUCCAGACCCCAAUUCGGGGACACAGCCUUCCCUCCACCCCUUCUGUAGUCACUAUCGCCCCCACUCCCACCAAGACCGGCAGCAUUCUCUGGAGAGGAGAAGGGCGCCAGGCUGAGUUGGGUGUUCGGGGGGUGAGUAGGGAGCUUGUGGGAUCUGAGCCCAGCCUUCCCCAGGAGAAAGGGGCUCAUCCUGUCCUCUCUCCUCACAUCCUGGCUCACCCAUCCUACCCCUUCAGCCUCACCCCCAGCUCUGUCAUGCAGGACCGGCGACUACAGGGCCUCAGUCUACCUGGUCAGGUACAACCUGCAGUUCACUCAGGGGCUGUCCAAGAGGAGUACCUAAGAGGACUCCGCCCCUUCGCCACCUCUGAUGACCUCCGCCUGCGCUCGCUGCCCCUGGGGCUCGACCCCACCACUGCUGCCCACGUUACUGCUGCUGCUGCCUACUACCACCCUGCCUACCUCCACCACCUACACAGGAUGGAGGAGUCUUUGUGUCUUUCUGCACUACGGUCUCAGUUCUACUCUGUACCAGCAGGGGGGGCUUUCCCUCACCUCCACCCCUCUGCCCUCCACAUGCACAUGCCUGGGGCACGCUACCCUGGGGAGUUCAGCCACACACAGAGUGCACUGGCUGAGAGAAUACAGAUGGAGGAAGAGCUUCGCCAACGAGAGAGGGAGCGAGAGCGUGAACGAGAGAAACAGAGGGAGCGUGAGCUUGAACGGGAGAGAGAGAGAGAGCGGGAGAGAGAGAGGGAGACAGAGAUGGAAAGACAGAAGGAUAGGCAGAGGGAGAGAGAGAGGGAGAGACAGAUGGUGAGAGCGGUGAAGAGCCAAUACCUUGCUGAGCUGAAGGCUCUCACGGCUCUGCCGGAGGACAGGGUCAGACCUGGGGAGAGGCUGACACCUAACAGACUGGAUAAGCCCAACCUCCCUGCCCUUCCAGUACCUAAACCUCUACAGCCAGGCCUCCAGUCAGCCCCUCACCUCAUGCCCAGCCUGGUGCCCUCUCAGAUGGGGAACACACACACUGCCUCAGCCUCUUCCGGGGGGCUCCAUGGAACACUGAUCUCUGCCAUAAUGCUCCAACAGGCCAAUGGGGAGGAGCGCAGGUUGGCACGUCAACGCCGGCAGGGGCAGGAGAGGGAGGUGUGGCCAUCUGGGGAAGGGGUGGAGCCUAGGAGAGACAGCUACAGAUCCAACGCCAGCCAACGUGACACAGGCAACAGAGAAUCUCAACCUUACCUAGGAGCCCCACCUCCACUCAUCUCACCCAAACCUCACCUCCUCCCCCCUGCCCCUUCCACUACCCUCUGGAACCCUGCCUCCCUCACUGAGACCCCCCCAGACCCCUUUUUCAGGUUCGACUCCCCUGUUAAUCCAUCUCGCUCCCCUCCUGACCUGACCAGAGCCGAGCGGUCCCCCAGCUGGGAGAGGGGAGAGGAUGGGUGCAGGAAGAGGGGGAAGGGCCCAGAGAGGUUCUCGUCUGUCAGGGGACCCAUUCUGCAGGAGCCUGGCCUCUGGGGCUGGGCUGAGCUUGAAAGAUCCACUCACAGUCUCCACCACCACCACCAUAACCACCACCUUAACCAGCUCCACCAGAGUGGUUCGCUGUCCAUCUCCUCUCCCAGCCCCAGCUCCAACCUGGGGGUCCAGCACCACGCCAGCUCCCCAUCUCCCUCCAUGGACCUCCAGAGGUCUGAACGGCCAGGCCAGGAGCCUCAGAACCCAGUGGUGUACGAUGAGAUCCUCCAGCAGCACCGCAGGCUUGUCAGCAAGCUGGACCUGGAGGAGAGCAGGAGGAGAGAGGCCAGGGAAGGAGGGUAUGACUAUGAUCUAGAUGAGUGGUAUGAUGACAGUGAUGAGGAGGAAGUGAGGGCCCACCUCAGAAGGGUAGCAAAGCAGCCCCCGUUAAAACUGGACACAUCCUCAGAGAAGGUGUGUUUCCUGCGUGUGUAUGGCCUGACCACGCUGGCCCAUCGUGACCAGCUGCUUCAUCAGAAGAGGAGGAAGAGGAGGAGGAUGUUGAGAGAGCGCAGCAUCUCCCCUCCAGCAGUACGAGGCAAGAGGAAGACCUCUCCGCCUCCUGUGGCACCCACUCCCACCCUCAGCACCAUUCUCACCCCAGAGGAGAUGAACUGCUCCCCUCACCUGGAGGACAAGAAACACUUCCUCAACAUGUUCAGCCUGUCCCAUGUGACCAACCAGCAGAGGAGAGAUAAGGAGAAGAUGGAGGGGUUGUUGAAGGCUAUAAAGCUGAAGAGUGUGACGUUGGACACCAUCAGAUACAACCCAUUACCCCUCUGUAGAAGCCCCCCUGUUUCCGCAACUGGCGAAUCAAACGGACUCCACUACUCAGACUCCCCAAGCCCCUCGCCCUCCUACCCCCACCACCCCAACAACCUCCACACAGACCCACUAAAACCAUCCACCCCUCCACCCAGCCAACCGCCUCCCCUGGCCCCCGACCCCAACAGGAAAGGACUGGAUGGAAGUCACCCAGCUAAGAGGCUCCAGUGCCUCCAGAAUGGAGCAGGCCACCCUGGCCAUCAUCCUCAACAGAAGGUGCCCCUGGCUGUGCAGAACGGGCAGAACAAACCCUGGGAAAGAUUCAUCCCGAAGGACUUCCACCAGUCUGUGUUGCAGUCUACCCACAAGACACUGAGUGGCUCCACCCGCGUUCCAGAGUCCAGUAUAAAGUCUGAGCCCUCAGUGCCCUACAACAUCCCCCCACUGAAGAGACCAGCCCUCCUCAACACAUCCCUACACCCCACCAACGGGCAUCACCCUUACCCCUCUCCACCCCACCAUGUACCCCUUGGCGUACGGGAUGAGCUGUCAGAGGAAGAGGAUGAGGAGGAGGAGGAGGGAGAAGCCCCUAGGAAGUGGAGGGGCAUAGAGUCAGUCUUUGAGGCGUAUCAGGAGUAUGUGGAUGAGCGGGGUAUAGAGAGACAGGUUCUCCACAGUCAGUGCCGGAGGCUGGAGACUCAGAACUACACUCUCAGUCUGACAGCUGAACAACUCUCACACAGCAUGGCGGAGCUGGUGAGUCAGAGACAGAGGGUGAGAGAUGAGAGAGAGAGGCUGCAGGCUCAGCUGGAGCACUUCAGGAAGUGUCUGACCAUUCCCAACGUGCACUGGGGCAAGGGGCAGGCCAAAGUUCGCCCCUCCCCGGUGACCCCCUACCCUGCUCCAGACCGACAGACAGACAGACAGACAGACCGACGACCGAUGAACGAUGGAGAGACAGAGGACACUGAAUUGGUUCCCAGUCAGAGGCAGAGGGGGAAGAGAGCUCUGGACUGGGAAGGAAGACAGGAUGAUAGAAAGGGAGGAGGGAGAAAAGGAGGACAGGCCCUGUAACCUCACAUGCCACUCUCCUAGACUUUGUAGUGUGGUCAGACUCACCACUGGUGAAAGACUGGUAGUCUAAAAGCUAAAGGACAUAGCUACAUAAGGGUAUGGCAUAGUAUUGGGACACACUUUAACCAAUCGUAGACUUUGGGAUGAAUACAAUGAGCAGUCAUAUGUCCUCCCUUUCUCUCUCAAUGGUCUGGAAGGGUUUGGAACCAAUAGCCAGCCAACCAACCACUGAACUGAAAGGACUUGAAUCAGCCAAGAUGCACUUAAAGACCUAGAAGAGCUACUAGUGAUCAUACUAGUGACAGUACUGUUGAAACUACCUAGAACUAAAAACUGUGUUGUAGAGCUUUUACUAUUCUGGAGCUUUUUUCACUUGGGUUCAUGGACUAGCAAAAACACAGGUGUAGAAUAUUUAAGACAGUGUUUCUAUAAGGAAAUAACUGGAGGUUUUGAAAAAUAUUUUUUUAAAUAAGGUUAAAUAAAUCUUUAUAGGAUUUAGAAGUCUCAGUUAUGUUUUUAAUAAUUAUGCCAUUGAUAAUGUAAAUAGCCUACCUAUUAAGCCAGAAUGUUGUAUGUUUUUAUUAUUUUAAAUAUUGUUAUUUAAAUGCCUGCUUUAGAAUAAACAUUUGAGGUAAAAACAAGAUGCUUGGGAUAAUUUUGUGCUGUUGUUGGCCAGUAUGAAAUAUUUAAAGAGGUAAACAUUUUAGAAGCGCUGUAUGUUAAAGGCUCUCCAUAAAGUUGUGUUCUAUGUCAUCACGUAAUUGCUCUCGAGCCCCUGCAGCUGUGCGCAAAGACAUGCACGUGCUUGGGCUUACUCUACAACCUCAUUGGACAAUGCUAUGUCGAUCUGAUCCCGCCUCCCACUUUAAACAUUUUGGGGAGGUGAGAAAGAAGUACCCUGGAGCAGGUCCUUGUCGUUCUGCAGCCCUAGGUGAGACCAAAAAAUGCUGACCCCUGCAAAACUAGAAUAAUCCCCGUAAGCAAAAUGACAUUGCAAAUACGUAUUUUGAAGACGGUGAAGUUAGGGUAAAUGUAGGUUCUGAAUGAAAGGUGAAAAUGUAUUUUUCGUAUGUUUAAAAUACAUAUUUUCCCAGGAUGUUGAAAAGGCGUCUUUUCUGGACGUUGAAAAAUGUGUUUUCCGGACGUUGAAAUCAGAUCCGUGCAGAUGAGGGAGAGGAGACAAGGAAAUGAAACCACUGUGUACUAUGUCAACUGUAAUAUCUGAGAAUAUGUCUGACCAAAGAGAGUAAAGGACAUUGAACUAUAGAAGAACGGUAGAAAGCUUCGAGUAUUUACGCCCUCUUCUGACCAGCCCUGGUAUGACACUUUAUUGGUCAAUUCCACACACGUUCCAAACAAAAUGUUACUUCUCCGAAAGACACACGCAUACAUACAGGUUUUGGAGAGGUGCGACGGGCUGCCACAUUGUGGACCGGGGAACUGUUGUUGUGGGGGGUUAAGUGCCUUGAUCAAGGGCACAACGCCAGAUAAUGGCAUCUAGGAUUUGAUGCCAGCAACACACCGGUUGCCAGCUCACUUACUCCAGGAUAUUUUUCCGGAGAACUGGCAAACCUCCGGUUGCUGACUUGCCUCUCUAACCGCUAGGCUACCUGUCGCCCCUCUGAUUCUGGUGCUGCUCAGUCAAAAUGCUUUAAAGCUCACAAGGGGGACUGAGCAUUUGUACACUCCAGGGAAAGUGGAAAUAAUCAGGCCACAAACCAGUAGUAAAACAGAUGAUUUUAAAGGAGUUUGUUUUCAUAUUUUUGUUUAUUUCUUUAUUAAAGUUACAAGGGAAGCACAUUUAUUCAUUAACUUAUUUGCCUUUAAAAAUGUGGGAAUUUCUGGUCUUCUACAUCCUUAAAGGAUUAAAACAAAUCCAACAAAACAUUUCAAAUACAGUAUAUAUAUCUAUUAUUGAAAGGGAGUUAAUACACAUACUGUAAUGACUGUGUCCUGACGCUAAAUAGCUAUAGGGAAAGGGUCCAGUCCACUCACUGAUUGUUGCUUCCAACUCAGCGAACAGUGAGAGCAGACAUUACCUAUUUUCUUCAGAUGUUCGUUGUUCUGCUUUUGUGCAGAAUACAUGUUUUUCCUCAAAUUGUGCUCAAUUUGCUAAUAGCCAACAAAGUUACACACUAUGGCUGUUCUCUUGUGUUAACCAUUACAAUACAUGUAAUACAGUGUCUGGUGCCCAUGUUAUUGAGCCACAGUUAGCAUAAUGCUAAAACUACACUCAAUGUAUUAGGAUGCUAAUGCUAACUCCAACCAUCUCAAUGCUGAGGCUUUCCCAUGUCAGUACAGACAUGGGAAUGCAAUAUUAUUUCUCAAAGAAAUGUCAUUUUCCUGUUCUUAUUUUAAUGGAGGCAAAAGACAAAUUACAGGCAAAUAUCAACAAUAGCUUCAUCAUCGUGUGGGGUCUGUUCUGUCAUCUGUAACUUCACCCUGCACCCCAAUACUUAAUGAUGUUGACUAUAUUAUUAUACAUUUGACAGUUGUUGUAUUUUGUGAAAAUGAAAACAAAGGGAUUAAAUAAAUGGUGAUUCAAUU